CAUGCGCCGCACUUCCAACAUUUAUAUGCUAAGUUCUCUCCAACAUUUAUAUGCUAAGUUCUCUCCAAUUACCUUGGCAAUCUUGCAAUAAAUAGAAAAGCUUCAGCACCAUGUCGCAACCAACGAAAAUAAAAGCAGUCUUCUUUGACUUCAUGGGAACAUGCCUCGAUUGGCACAGUAGUGUCGUGCAGGCUCUGCCCCCCGCUAUUCCCGAAACCUCAGCCUCUAAACUCGCUCUUGAAUGGCGGCGACGUUACUUCAUCGCCAACAGCGAACGCCUUGCCCAAAAGCUUGAGCCCGAAGACAUAGAUGACACUCUCCUUCGCGUACUCGACAACGUACUGGAAGAUUCACCAGAGUACAAGCAGCUUUUUGAUGCGCCGAUGAAAGAACAAUUGAUUACUGCCUGGCAUUCUCAGCCAGCUUGGCCAGAAGUUGGAAAGGCAAUUCGGUCCAUCCGAGAAGAUCUUGGUCUGGAAGUCUUUGUUCAUGCCAAUGGCACAACACGCCUGCAGCUUGACCUAACUCGCUUCGCUGGGCUCAAUUUCAACAUGCUCUUCUCCAGCCAACUGUUGGGGACGUACAAGCCAGAUCCCGAGGCGUACAACAAGGCGCUGCGACUCGUCAAGCUCAAGCCUGAAGAAGUUGUGUUGGUUGCGGCUCACGCAUAUGAUUUGAGAGGAGCUCAAAAUGUUGGAAUCAAGACGAUCUACAUUCAUCGUUGGACUGAUGAUGUUGAUGAGGAUAUGGACAAGGUGAAGGGAGAGUUUGGUGCUUAUCUGGAGGGGAUGGAGGAGUUGCCUGCCAUAAUUAAGAAAAUGCAAUCUUGAGGACACACUGGCGUUGGCACGUUGGCAAAUCUCAGCUGCUUCAUUGGCCUUCUCAGUUUGAUCAAUGCUUUGCUGAAGGCUCCACGCCACUUCUACCUCGCUUGGUCCACAGUGGAGUUCGACAGCAUGCGCAGCACGCAUGACAUUCGACAUCAGAUAAACAGAGAAUUGAUUUAGGAGUACAGAAUAACUAAAACUGACCAGUGACAAGCAGCCUAUUUCUUAAAAACUCCAAUUUGAGGUCAAAGUUUGGCGUGGU